AACUUAUGAAGCAAGUAGUUAGCACGCGACCACGCGUAGAGGCAUGAUUCGGUUCGCAAUUGCCACUGACUCCAUUUGAAAGGAAAACAAAACCUUUUCCUCUUCUCUUCUCUUUUCUUCUCCAUCGCUUCACUCAUACUUUCCAACAAUCCUUCAUUUUCCUUCCCAUUACAAACAAACCCCAUUGCUCACUCAACCAAGGUUAGUGGAUGGUCUGAGCUUUUUGUCAUGGAGACUAGGGAACAUAUUGUUGUUUCACACAAAAAAGCAACCCUUACACCUAAGGCCAUAAUACACCAAAAUUUUGGCAAUAAGGCUUCCUAUGUGGUAGAGGAAGUGAAGGAGGUUCAUCAAAUUGAAUGUCCUGGAUUGAGUAUUCCACAAAUGGGUCCCUGCCUUUAUCGUUGCACAUUACAGCUUCCAGAACUUUCUGUCAUUUCAGGGACCUUUAAAAAGAAGAAGGAUGCAGAGCAAUCUGCUGCCGAGAUUGCUAUAGAGAAGCUUGGCAUAUGUAUAGAGACCAUUGAUCCCACUCCACAAGGAGCACAAGAAAGUUUAGUAGCUCGAAUCGACUUCAUAUUUUCCGAAAAGUUUCUUUUAUGUGAUCAUCCUCUUAGUGGUCACAUUCGAGCAACUUUGCGGAGUAAAGGUGAUCUUUGCGGUUCAAUUCCUAUUUCUGUCCUUGCUGUGUAUGAUGCAAAGCUUCUCAGCUUGUGUAAAUGUAUUAAUCCUGAUGUGGAAACCAACCCAUUUUUGGUUAUUUCAUACAUAAAGAGUGCCACUGCAAACUUGUAUCAGUAUCUUGCUACUUCUGAACAACAUCUCUGUAUUAGAAGGCUGACUCCGUAUCCACAAGAUAUUGUAGAGUCAUUGAUGAAGGAACAUGAUUCACUAGAAUGCAUUCAGGUUGCUGCGAUACGCAUUCCUAGUUCAGUGGAACAAUCUAUUGAACAAGUUACUCUUCGUAUUUCUUUAAGAGAAUACUACCUUGAUGUCAUUGCAAAUGAACUUGGUUUAGAAGAUGCUGCCAAUGUUAUGAUUUCAAGGAAUUUAGGUAAAGCUUCUUCUGAGACAAGACUGUUCUUUACUGCUCCAAAACCAUAUCUACUAGAUCUGUCUUCUAAAUUUGCAAUCGGAAAAGAAACCCUUUAUUUAAUGGGAUCUCUGAAUGUAAGGGCAAGUUACUUUGCUGGGCAAGAUAUAGCUGGAGAUGCAAUAUUAGCAUCGAUUGGAUAUACACGAAAAUCUAGAGAUAUUUUCUAUGAGGAUGUAUCGGUUCGGUUAUAUUACAGGAUGCUUCUAGGGAAGACACCAGGUGGCAUUUACAAAUUAUCCAGGGAGGCAAUACUUGCAUCUGAGUUGCCAUCAAAAUUCACAACAAGAGCAAACUGGAGGGGUUCUCUUCCCAGGGAUAUACUUUGUAUGUUUUGCCGCCAGCACCGUUUGUCCGAACCUCUCUUUUCAUUUCAUCCUUUCAAAACAUCGUCAUUAUUAUCAGGAUCAUGUUUGAAGGUUGCAGAAUCUGGUGACAACGUGAUUGAGCAUAUCAAUGGGGUCUGUGUAACAAGUUCAAUGCAUUCAGAUUCAGAGUUGUUUAAAUGUGAAAUAAAAUUACUUUCUAGGUGUGGAGAUUUAAUAAUUUUGUGUUCUCCAAAGGAUGGUUAUAAAAAGCAGAAUGACGCUAUUCAGAACGCUUCAUUGAAAGUUUUAUCAUGGCUGAAUAUGUGGUUUAAGAGUAGGAUUGUUACUUUUGAGCGGCUUUGUGAGACUGCAGACGACUUCAAUAUCCAGAUUUAUUCCAACAACAUUAUCAGUGAGAUUUUAGCAGGUCAAUCAACACACAAUGGUCAGCUUAAUGCAAUUCAAUGCAAUAAUAUAGUUGAAUCAACCUAUAUGAAUUCAUCAUUUGACAUGCUGGGGAAUAUGGUGCAGUCUUUAAAGAUAGAAGGACCAUAUUCUGGUGUCUGUCCAUGCAAUGGAUAUUUACCUUGUAUAAGGUAUUCAGUGUCUUUGGCUGUGGAGAGUCAGAAUGUCAAAGAAGUUAUUGAAGUAUGUGAUGAGUUUGAAUUUGAAGUGGGAGUCGGUGCUACAGUUUCAUACAUUGAGGAGGUUGUGAUGCAGAUGUCUGUUGGCCAGUACGCUUACUUCUCUACAAACUUCCUCUCUUCUGAUUUGAUUUUUGCUUCAGCUGGUGAAUCAAUCAAAAUGUUGUCGUUGUUAUCAUCUAAAGACUGUUGUGUAGAAUAUGAAAUAAGUUUGAUCAAGGUUGCUGAACCUCCAGAAGAAAGAAUGGAGCAGGCUCUUUUCAGCCCUCCUCUUUCGAAGCAAAGGGUCGAAUUUGGAGUGCAACAAAUUCUAGAAUCUCAUGCUACUACGUUGAUUGAUUUUGGAUGUGGAUCUGGAAGCUUGUUGGAAGCUUUGUUAAAUUAUCCAACGUGUUUGGAGAAAAUGGCGGGUGUUGAUAUUUCACAGAAGGGUCUUACCCGUGCUGCCAAGGUGCUUAAUUCAAAAUUAUCUACAAAUUCAGAUGCUGGUGGGCUAUGGACAGGCGUACAAUCAGUAAUUCUUUAUGAAGGUUCAAUUACGAAUUUUGGCUCUCAGUUGCAAGGAUUUGAUAUCGGCACUUGUUUAGAGGUAAUUGAACAUAUGGAAGAAGAUCAAGCUUGUCUAUUUGGGGACGUGGCAUUAAGUUUUUUUCGGCCAAGGAUUCUCAUUGUUUCCACUCCAAAUUUUGAAUACAAUGUAGUACUCCAGAAAUCGAAUCCUCCAGCCCAAGAACAAGAGGAAUUAGACGAUAAAACCCUCUUACAAUCAUGCAAGUUUCGUAAUCACGACCACAAAUUUGAGUGGACCAGAGCACAGUUCAGACAAUGGGCAUCUGACUUAUCUACACGGCACAAUUACAAGGUGGAGUUUAGUGGUGUUGGUGGUUCUGCUGAUGUUGAGCCCGGCUAUGCUUCGCAGAUUGCCGUGUUUAAAAGGGAUUGGGAACUUGAAGAUGAUGUACUGAAGCAUGCUGACGAGCACCAUUAUAAUGUUAUAUGGGAAUGGAAUAGUAGAAAGGAAUAAACUAUUUGGUGUUUGAAAACUAUAGUGAGAUAAGUAGAGUUAUUUUAUUCAGGUAAUCAGAUUGCUGGUGAUUUUGAAAGCAGAGUAGCAAGGUAGAAAUGAUGCUUGGAAAAGACUAGGUGAAUUGAAAGGUUUAUGUAGUUGGGUACUGACUAGGAAAAAAAGGAUAGUUGAUAUAUUUUCAUCCAUUGCAUUUCGUUUUAGUGUAUAUUGCAUCGAUUACCUAUGUUCCAUGAAGAAUAAAGAACUUCGAAUUAGAAUA